AUGGAUUCAAUUGAUGAUCUCACUUGCAAAUUAGGUUCUUUGAGUUCUGAUCAACAAACCAAUGAUACCUUAAGUUCUGCACAUUUAAGAGCAAGUGAUAUAUUAUGCGAUCUCAAAAAAUCUAUUGACCUAUAUAAUAAACCACUAUUUGCAUUAAAAGAUUAAGUCUACGAUCUAUUUUAAACAAUGAGAAAUAUGACAAUCAAAGAGAAUUAUAGUUAUCAAAUAGCAUCAAUUAUAUUUUUGAGUGAGUACCAAGAUAACUCUUCUUAAAAAAUAGAAAAUGUGAAAUAAAUACUCUAAUAAUGCACAAAUUUAAAUCUAAAAACAUAUUUUGUCAUUUUGAAUACAAAUAAUCGUUAACCAAAUAACAAAGAACUUAGAUAAUUAGUUGAUUAAUUUCCAUGUAGUUUAAGUAUUGUAGAUGCUGAAAUUAAAAAUAUUGAUACAGAACUAUAAAAAAUUAAUAAAGAAUUAAGAAUAGGAUCUUUUGAUACAAGAUUGUUUGUUCAUAUUUCUACAAAUAAAAGUAUGAAAAUCUUUCUUGAAAAUUUAAUUACUUCUUUAUAUAAAUUUUAGAAGGGAUUGGCUUAAAAUGAUAAAAUUUAUUGGUCUUCAUGCAAGAAAAAUGAUUAAUUCACUGCUGUAGAAAUUUAAGAAUAAUAAGAAGAUUAAAAGAAAGAAGGAAAAAAAAAGAAAAGAUAAAAAAUGUUCAUUGGUUUAACUAUAUUAAUAGUUUUAACAAUUCUUUGUUAUUUAUUAUAUGUUGUAGUUAUUACAUUUAAAUAAUGA